ACACAGUCUUGAAGAACAACAUACUAAGGCCAAACAAUAACUAGGUACACAUGUCUUAAUUCCUAGCACGAAACGACGAUAUCUCAUGGUUCGAUUGUGUUCUCUCGAACUCCAACUAAUGUAGUGGCCAAAAUCUCGACAGGAUCAAUCCCUUCCUUAACCUCAAUGCAUGUAUGGCGACGAGCAAUCCACUUACGAUCAUCUCUAGACACCCAUGCCAGUCUAUGGCGGAGAAAGCGUGGUGUGUGCUUCAAGACCCCAAUCAUCCAGAAGGCGUACGGAAACAGCCAGUCGUUUAGCUUGCAAUCAAUCCCGGCCGUUCUCAUUCCCCCUGCCGUGUUCGGAGGGCUCUUGGUGACACUAUGGGUCUACAAAUGUCUGAUGUUGGUGGUCUUCCAGAACAAAAUCAUCUACAUGCCCUCGAUCCCACCAUUCUCCAGAUCCGAGAAGAUUGGGGACUAUUCGUCUCUGUGUAGACCGGCCAUUUGGACCGAGCAUUCUCUCAAGUCAUCGGACGGAACAGCAAUCAAGCUUGUUGAAGGGUCGCUCAGUCCACUCGAAGAGACUGAAGCCGCCACCGAGCACAUUGUCGUGGUAUACUUUCAAGGCAAUGCGUCUUCUCUACCCCCUCGACUUCCCUAUCUGUCGCAUGUCCUGAAAGACUUGGCUCGCGUACCGAAACAGCAUCGGAAAUACACCAUCGUCGCUCUGUCUUACCGGGGGUAUUGGACGUCUGGGGGAAGACCCUCCCAGAAAGGGAUCACGCUGGAUGCAGAAGCAGCUCUGCGGUGGGUAAAAGCCAGACAUGGGCAAGCGAGGGUCGUGGUUUGGGGUCAAUCCAUUGGCGCGGGGGUUGCAACAGUGAGUCUGGCCAAUUCGAUCAACGGUGGCAAUAAUGUCGACAACCUCAGUGGGCUCGUUCUCGAGACUCCAUUUGUUGAUUUGCAGGCAAUGCUCGUGGCAUUGUAUCCGCAGAAGUUCCUGCCAUACCGCUAUCUCGGACCUUUUUUGCGGUCGACGUGGGACAGUGGAACUGCACUUCUGCAGAUUAGUGCCAUCAAGCGAGAUCUGAACGUGCUGAUUCUCGAGGCUGGUGACGACGAGAUCGUGCCGGCUGGGCAGGCCGAAAUUCUGGAGGAGAUCUGCGCCAAACAGUGUCUACCGGUUCAACGCAAGAUCGUUGCAGGAUCACUGCACACCGAGGCCAUCACCAAGAGGCAGGGACGUCAACACGUGGUGGGGUUUCUACAAUCACUGUAAGAAGAAUUUGAAAUCCCAAAGGAUAUUUCACCCAUCCUGGUAGAGAUGGGGGAACGUAAAAUACCCAGCGAGGCCAAUCUCGAGGACGACACGACACCUUGGCUCUCUCGCCUCUCAAGUCCCAAGUUCUCAAUAUUUAUUCAAAGUUCUCGAAUCUCGAACCUUGAACAAACGUAGUCCACCUUCCAACAUACUGAUUGGCCUGGCGACCACUCCCUGGUCCUCGAUGCAAGGCACGCAAAAGAGGAGAAAAGGCGAUGGGCAAAACCCUGGCACGGACCAAAGCACUGGGUCAUUCCGUGUGCCAUCGAGCAUGUGUCGGAGGCUCAUUAAUUGCCGACCCCCAGAUUUACAACGCAUUCUCGGUUCUGGUCGAUGAGAAAUUCCCCAUACUGUUGGAGUUUUUCCCGCACGUGGGACCCUCGUUCCCAAUCAUACAAUAUCCACCCCCGGCCUUUCCC